AGGUGUUCGUAACAUUUGACUAGAGUCAACGGAAGUUUUUAUAUGCACACGUACAUAGGCCGUAUAUCGAGCACUUGUUUGAAAAUUCUCACGGCAGCCGGUACGUGACGCGAGGCAUUUGAAAAGACAAAAAACAAAAAAAAAAACAAAUCUCGUGCUAACGCACUGAAUGGUGUUAUCACUCGACUUACAUAAUUGGCUAAGUGUUAAUUAAAUAUUCAAUUAUCAAAUGAUUUAAGCCAAUUCGAAUAGUGGGUGGUUCGUGAUUUGCUUUGCGGUUUUGACGCCAGCGUAUUGGGUGAGUGAAUGGCUGCAGCGCCGGCGCAGCCAGACAAGUGAAUGUCCCCGUUCUCAUUACAAGUAAAUGUACACACAAAGUGCAGCAUAGUAAAAAAAAAAUAAUAAUACCCCUGUGUGUGCGAGUAAAAAUAAAUUAAAAAAAAAAACAAAAAAAAACCACUGUUUUUUUGUAAUCAGCAUUUGCGAAGAUACAGCAUCAUUGGCUGAUACUCAGCUGCCUUAAAAUAGCAGGAGCAGCACUGCGCUUUGGCGAAAGGUGUAAAAUUAGAUAGGAUAGGAUUCAAUAUAGUGCCAGUGCAAUAAUCAUAAAGUGACUUAGUGAGUGAGCGGUGACCACAGAGCUGGUGACCGAUACUGUGUGUGAUAAAACGUCCGUAAACAAUUUACUUAGUUAGUUAGUUUCCACAAGCAUCUAUGCCCAUAUGUGGACGAGGCGAUAAUCUUAUAUUGGCCAGUGACGAGUAAUUUGUGCAAUAAUUAGUUAGGCGAACGCGAAUGCAAGAAGGGAACUAGAAAUUUACAGAUUGUAACGGAAGCAAGAGCCUGCGAAAAUGUCAUUAAAGAAGGAAACUCCAUCCGAUGUGCUGCUGCAUUUGGCAGCUCUACGUGGCGAUGAAAUCAACCUGCGGCGCGUACUUGACAGCGGUAAAGUGCAUGUGGACUGCAAAGAUGAGGAUGGCACAACUCCCCUUAUACUCUCGGCAGCAGGCGGCCACACACCCUGUGUAUUGGAACUACUUGAGCAAGGCGCAGAUCCCAAUUCGAGACGCGCUACUGGCACAACACCGCUAUUUUUUGCCGCUCAAGGUGGCUACUUAGAUGUCGUGAAAAUAUUAAUAAAAGCCGGCGCUAGCGUGGAUACGCCAUCAGUGGACGGUGGUACGCCGCUAUUUGUUGCUGCACAGGGUGGCCAUGUGAAAUUGGUGCGUGAGCUGUUGGAUUGUGGCGCCAAUGUGAAUGCGUGCAUGAAGGAUCGCGCCACGCCCGUUUUCAUAGCCGCUCAGAAUGGCCACCGCACAGUACUCUCCCUCCUACUCACCGCUGGCGCUCAUCCCGAUAUGAAGCGAAUAGAUGGUGCAACACCACUUUGGAUUGCCGCACAAAUGGGACACGAUCACAUAUGCAAAGUGUUGCUGCAACAUGGCGCCUUCGUGGAUGCGGUGCGCUGCGAUGGUGCGACGCCACUCUUCAAGGCAGCGCACAAGGGACAUGCGGCUGUGGUGACUGAGCUGUUGAAGCACAGGCCUAAUUUGGGAAUAUUACCGAACGGCGAAACAGCGCUGCAUGCGGCGGCCAUGUUUGGCCACUUGACCGUCUGCAAGCAGUUGAUUGGCGGCGGCAGCGAUAUACUGCAGAAAAAUCAGGAAGGUCUAACCGCUUUGCAGGUGGCGCGGCAGCAGAAGUACUCUUCGAUUUGUGACUAUCUGCAGGAUCGCAUGCGUCUGGUGCGCGCGCGUACUGGAGCGGCGUCAUAAAUGGCGCGGAUGUGAGAAAUAGGCGAAAGAAGGAGCUUUAAAAUGUUGCAAAUAAAUAAAAUGGCACAAAAAAAAAAUUGAUGCCAUUGUAUCGUAAUCGUAUUUAGUUAGUUUCGCUAUGCAAUUUAAAACACAGUCUAUAGGCGCGUGAAAAAAAUAUUUCAAGAAAAAGGAAAGAAAAUAGAAUUGAAUUGAAUAACCAAAGCAAUGGAAGGGCAUUCGACGUGCAAAUGGCCGAAGUGUUAUUUUUAUGUCUUAUAGUAUAUUGGAUGUGGGUUGUCCAAGUUUGCGGCUCGAGAUGGUACAU